AUGCCUACCCCAACUAUGCCCGAGGAGUAUGCCGAACUUAUGAAACACAACGGCAAGGAACAUUAUUUGUAUAUCCCUCAGAGGUAUAGCGAGUUUCACCCCGGCUCAGUUGGAUACUUCGACAAUUUCGGGUUGUGGAACAAGAUCACGGAUCUUUCACAGCCAGGAUAUCCAGAUAAUGUUGGGUUUAAGAGCAUCGGCCAAGUGCUUGGCCUUCAGGAACCCACUGAAUACAGGUGGGAAAAUACAUCCUCAGGCAUUGAAGCGGAAACAAGCUUCGGACUCAAGGCCGGGUUGUCGGGCUUGCUCGCUGCCGCUGCUCCAGUGGAAGCUGAGGUCAAUGUCAGUAACGAGAGGGGCUCGUCUGGGACAGCAGCUCUACUUACUCCCGAGCCGGUCAAGAAUCAGAGGCUCGAGGGUGGCUCCAGCCGUCUGAUUAGCGACUGGGUCAAGAAGAAUGGAAAGCUUUUGAUGAAGUCCAGAUAUGGCGAUGAGAUUCGAGACUAUGGGCUAUGGGUCAUCCACACGACAUGGUCCACCCCGGAAUGUGCCAUUAAACUGAAGAGUGCUUUCCAUCGCAAUACCAGUGCGGGACUGGAUGUUGGGGCCACCGAUGUGGGUACGAUUGGAGGUAAUGGAUCAUCACUCAAGAAGCUUGAGUCUAAGGGGUGGAAGUCAUUUCAAGCCAAAGAGAGCGACCAGGGACUCGUCGUAGCGUAUGGUGGAGCUAGAUUCAGACUUCAUAGCAUCCGACCAUUCUGGAUCAAUCCGCUCAAACAGACCGAGAGAGUGUCUGAUCGUCCACAGGAGAGACCUGUGUACAACGAGAAACAAGAGAAAAUUGGCACCGCAGCGUGUGUUUUGGUUUACGACAAAGACGGAGGUUCUGAAUGGGUGCCGAUCUCCACGGUUGAAUUCGUCUUCGAUGAAAACCGAAAGCAGAUUGGAAACGUGUACUGGAAUCGCACUUCCGACGAAUUUGGACGACCCAUUGGAUGGGCCCCUUACGAGAAGGAGGAAUACAAUUUUGAUGAGAAUGGGGAGAAGACAGGGGUGGACUAUUUUAGGCCUACUCGCGACAGUGUGGGACAACAGAUCGAGUGGGAGUGGUACGACAAAGUCGGUGAAGCUGCAGAGGCCAAAAAGAAAGAGAUUGAAAUGGAAAGGCAGGCACGCCGCGAGUACGAGGACGAAGACGAAUUCGACAUCGAAUGUGAGACGGUCGGAAUGGAUGAAGAUGAAUAUGACACCGAGACAGUAGAACGCACCGAGACUCCUCCUUCAUUGUUGUCCAAGUGCUGCGUGAUGUGA